AUGGAUGAUGCUAACAUCAUUAGUGAUAUCGGACUUCCGCAACGUUGUCAAAGCGAUUUGAGCGGAAAAUGCUUCUCAUUUUUCGCGCAGUUCACCGCAUCCAUCAUUAUGAGCAGAGCUUUUGCGCGAAAACAUGCUUCACCUUGUGGCAAGCGUGCUGCAACAAAAUCUGUUGGCAUUUUCCAGUUAGAAAUGCUACAAGCCAGUGAAGAUGUAGCUGAAAAGGGUGGAGAAGCAACCGAUCCAACGGAGAGCCCGAAAAAUGAUACAAUGGAACACGUAGGCUCUACAGAGAAGCCUUUGGAAUCAACGAACGUAACGAGUUCUGAGCAGACAAAUGUAACUCAUACCGAAUCUAAGCCUCCAUCGGGUGCGACGGAAGGCCAAAAAUCUGAUUCCACCACUCCUGCUUCAAAGCACACUGAUACUGUAUAA